AGGGAGCUGAGUGGACGGCUGAGACGGGCGGGCGGCGCGUACAGCAGCUCCAGCGAGGAGCGAGUUGCCAGAGCCGGGCUGCUUUUCCAUCCGGAGCUGCGAGCUCCGUGCCCGCUCCCAACAAGAUGCUCAAGGUGUCAGCCUUAUUGUGUGUGUGUGCAGCGGCUUGGUGCAGCCAGACUCUUGCAGCUGCCGCGGCGGUGGCUGCGGCCGGGGGGCGGUCGGACGGCGGUAAUUUUCUGGAUGAAAAACAAUGGCUCACCACAAUCUCUCAGUAUGACAAGGAAGUCGGACAGUGGAACAAAUUCCGAGACACUCCUGUGGAUUUAUCAUAUUAUCUGGUGCUCAAGAAAAGAGAGACGGCUCAGUGGUUAAGAGCACUGACUGAUGUUCCAGAGGAACUGGGUUCAAUACCAAGGCUGUCUGGGUCAGAUCACAAGACAAUAGAGGAAGUAGAGGAUGAUUAUUUCCGUACUUGGAGCCCAGGGAAUCCAUUUGAUCAAGCUUUAGAUCCAGCUAAGGACCCAUGCUUAAAGAUCAAAUGCAGCCGCCACAAAGUCUGCAUUGCUCAAGAUGCUCAGACCGCACUCUGCAUCAGUCACAGGAGGCUCACACACAGUAUGAAAGAAGUAGGAGGAAGCCAUAAGCAAUGGAGAGGUCACCUGUCAUCCACCUGUAAGCAAUGCCCUGUGGCCUAUGCCAGCCCCGUUUGUGGUUCCGACGGGCAUUCCUACUCCUCACAGUGCAAACUAGAAUAUCAGGCAUGUGUCUUAAGAAAGCAGAUUUCUAUCAGAUGUGAAGGGCAUUGCCCAUGUCCAUCCGAUAAAUCCACAGGCACAGGCAGAAAUGUUAAGAGAGCCUGCAGUGACCUGGAAUUCAGAGAGGUGGCAAACAGACUUCGAGACUGGUUCAAGGCCCUUCAUGAGAGUGGGAGCCAAAAUAAGAAGACAAAAUCACUGCUGAGGCCUGAGAGAAGCAGAUUCGAUACCAGUAUUUUGCCAAUUUGCAAGGAUUCACUUGGCUGGAUGUUUAAUAGACUUGACACAAACUACGACCUGCUAUUGGACCAGUCAGAGCUUGGGAGCAUCUAUCUUGAUAAGAAUGAACAGUGCACCAAGGCGUUCUUCAAUUCUUGUGACACGUACAAGGAUAGUUUGAUAUCUAACAAUGAAUGGUGCUACUGCUUCCAGAGACAGCAAGACCCACCCUGCCAGACAGAGCUCAGCAACAUUCAGAAGCGACAAGGGAUAAAGAAGUUCCUAGGACAGUACAUCCCUCUCUGUGAUGAAGAUGGUUACUACAAGCCAACACAAUGCCAUGGCAGUGUUGGGCAGUGCUGGUGUGUUGACAGAUAUGGAAAUGAAGUCAUAGGAUCCAGAAUCAAUGGUGUUGCGGAUUGCGCUAUUGAUUUUGAAAUCUCUGGAGAUUUUGCAAGUGGAGAUUUCCAUGAAUGGACUGAUGAUGAAGGUGAAGAAGAUGACAUUAUGAAUGAUAAGGAUGAUAUUGAAGAUGAUGAUGAAGAUGAAGGGGAUGAUGAUGAUGAUGGGGAUGACCAUGAUGGAUAUAUUUGAUCAGCAACAGCUAAAGUCAACAAAUUCUACAUUUUUAAUAUUUACAAAAUAAUAGCAUAUUGAGAAUUUCCUUCUUAUCCCUAAACAAAAUGAUUCUAAACCCCACAUAUAUUUUGUAUAAUUAUUUCAAAUAUUGAAGCUAAAGUCAUAGAACAUUAUGUUUAAAUAAGAAUUAUUUAAUUUUUGGUUUUUAUAUGCCUUAGAAAAAAAGAAAACACAUAUGGGUUGUAGCCUGAAAAUAGGAAGUUAUGAAGACUAUGAUAACAAAAUUUUCAUAAGGACAUACUAUGUAAUUGUUCUACAAACAACAUAAAAAUGAAUGUGUGCUUGGGAUCAUAUGUGUUGCUUUUAGAACAGAUUUUAUAAGUUAAAUUUAUAGUAACUUUCUAAUGACCUGAACCACAAGGAUAUUGUCAAUUAAUGCAUGAUGUUAACUUCAAUUUAAAUUGGGCAUCUUCCAAACUUAUGGUUGGGAUACUAAGAAAGAUGACUCAUGAUAGGUCAAAGUGACCACUAUUGAGUACUUAUUUGAGUGGUGAUCUUUUUAAUUAUUAAGUUAUUCUGGAAGUGAUUAGACGUGUUUUUGCAAUGCAAAGUAUGGAAAAUCAUGGAUUCUGAAAGUUAAAAGUUAGUUUUUCUUCCUACUUUUCAACUUAAAUUGCAUUGUGUAUCAUGUGGAUUUUUAAAAAUAUUCUUAAACAGCAUCAUUUCUAGAUUUUUCUAUCUUCCAACUAGCAAUCUGGGUGCAGAAUUUUAUUUAGAAAGGAAAAAAAAGAUUCAUUCCAACCACUUUUUCACUAACUAUA